ACAAAAAUAAUAAAAAAGACAAGCAAAAAAGUUAUUCUAAGCAAAAAGAGCCUCGCAUUCUAACCAUUUGCUGUUCAAACUAGUUAAAUGGAUAAGUGCUGUAAAACGGCAAACAAAUACAAAUACGUCAGCCCCAUAUAUGUGUGUGUGUGUGUACGUGUGUGUUAGUCUAGUGCCAACAAAAGCUAAUGCUCAACGACUUGGCUAACUCCAAAGAGAGUUCAGUUCAAAUACAGCAAAACCAAAAUCCCAAAUAGAGGAAAACAAAACUAAUUUAAAGGCAAAUUUACACAACACUAGAGUGUACCUUAGCUGGCAACACUAGAGUGGACACCAACUGGCAACAUCUGAUGUGCAAUAGCAGACAUCCCCAUAUCAACUAUGAGCAGUGGAAACUUGAAGAAUGCUUCGGUUAAUGUUGUAUAAGUUGGUCAUAACGCACAUUGCGCUGCUGUUGCUACCCAGCAAUGUGGCUGAAGUGUUGUCGCCACGGAGUGAGAGCGACAACUUGCCAACGCCUCCGAUUCACGUUCUAGUUACGGCAAAGCCAAGUCAGGACAUGCUCGCAAUUCAGCCCGAAGACCCAACUAUGCAAACAAUUUUACUGAAUACAGCAACCAGCAGCAGCAACAGCAAUAAUAACAACAACAUAAACUUCAAUGGAACAGAGUUUGAAUCAGGAAAAGCAAAAAGCAGAAGCACCCUAAAGCUAAGUCCAGGAAAGGGCGAAAUCACGGAGCUGUCCGUAAAUGUGACGCUAUUUAAGCAGAAGAUUCCGCGCCUGCAGGUGCGCUGGCAGGACACCCUGCCGAACGGCACCACAUACAAUGUGCUGGUGAGUGCUGUGAACAGCACCCGCUGCCCGGAUGCACCCUGCAGCGAAUAUACCAUCAAGCAGAAGCCCAGCAAGUACAUCUAUCUGCCACAGAGUCCCAAUCCGAAUGUGGAGUCCCCCGAUUGCAACUACAUGUUUGGCUGCCAGUACAAUGUGACUGUGGAGACAUCAAACUUACUCGUGCGUCGCUCCAUGCGCGUUUUCAUACCACACUGCGUGGCUGGUAAGUGCUCCUGUCAGCUGUCACCCAUGCCACCUAAAGUGCACACCGCGGCCAAGAUGGAGGCCAAUGACACCAUCGGCAUCAUUUUCGUUAUACAGGCCAGCGAGCAGCUGCGCAAGGAGCAGGAGAACCAUCUGCACGAGGCACUGCAGUCAUACAAAAUGCAACUUAAAAUCAAUGAGGAGACUAAUCCAUCACUGCUGUGGGGCGGCGUUCUAAAGAAUCUGUUUAAUCGGAUUUACAACCUGAGCGAAUUAAAUUUUCGGCCCACAGCGAAGGGCUUCGAUGGCAACAUGAAGCUCAACCUGGGCACGCAGCUGAAAGAGAAGACUUCCCUUAAUUUACAGGCCAUGAUGAUAGAUCCCGCUGGCUGUGAGGGGCCACGCAGCGUAACCAAAUUUCCAGUGCCAGCCAAUCCACUCCAACGCGAUGUCAAUCUGAGUAAUUGGCUCAUUAUUAUAACUCCAUUACUAAUUGCUGUCGUAUGCGCGGGCUUCUUGACACUUCUCCUGCGUCGUCGUCGAGCUCGGGCUAAGGAUGAGCUGCAUAAGAAUCAGAUUUACAUGCAGUCCUUUGCAGCAGCUACUGUCAACAUGGAGGACAACAUCAACUACGUGGACAAAUACAUUGAGCAAUCACAGGCUUUGGGCCUGGCGGACAUAUUCGAGGUGCCACAUUCAGCCAUUCAAAUUGGUCGAGUUCUGGGCGAAGGAGCUUUUGGGCGCGUACACGAGGCAACAGCUAUCAAUUUGCGGCGCAUGCGAGGCACCACACUCGUUGCAGUCAAACAGUUAAAGGCCAAUCCAUCGGCAGACGAAGCAGCCGAAUUUCUAUCUGAAAUUGAUAUGCUUAAGGGCGUCGGCACGCAUCACAAUGUGGUUUGCUUCCUGGGCUGUUGCACCAUACGGGCGCCCUAUCUCAUGAUCAUGGAGUAUGUGGGACGUGGCAAUCUGCUGAACUAUCUGCGUAUGGCUCGCCAGGAACUGGGCCAGCCAAGGACACGAAAUGCAAAUCACUCGACUGGCAGGCAGACAAAAGUCAACUCAGCAGGUGCCCCACUGCCACAGCCUCAGAGUGUUAAUUACAUUGAACUCAAAGCAAGCAAUCAAUGCACCGACUUUGAGUCCCCCUCCAGCUCCUCCUCUCCUUACGCCAACUCACAGCAUGCAACAUCAAACGGGGUUGCACACAGACAACAGAAGCCAUCCUUUGCUGAAACCACCUACACCAUUGUGGAGGAGGAGGAUGCUUUCGAGUACAUACUCGACAACAAUGAGCUGCACAAUUUUGCGCUGCAGAUUGCAAAUGGCAUGCGAUUCCUGGAACAACAAGAGAUAACGCAUCGCGACUUGGCAGCGCGCAAUGUGCUUAUCGACAACAACAAGACAUUAAAAAUAUCGGAUUUUGGUCUAUCAAGACAUGGCAUCUAUACGAAUACCAAAACACGAAAAUUACCUUUGCGCUGGCUGUCCAUUGAGGCCAUCAGAGACAAUGUAUACUCUAGCAAGAGCGACAUUUGGGCAUAUGGCGUCGUCCUCUGGGAGAUUGGCACAUUGGGUGCCUCGCCGUAUCCCACGAUCAGCAACAGCGAGCUGAUACCCUUUCUGCUGGCUGGCAAUCGGCUGGAACGUCCAGAGAUAUGCACGCCACAGGUGUACACGAUAAUGUUGCAGUGCUGGCUGGAAGAGCCAGAGGAGCGGCCCACUUUCGAUGCCCUCUAUAAGGUAUUAAGCCCGAAGACCACCUACGUGGAUAUUAACAGUCUGAGCGACGAUUACGUCUUUCCACCGAUUAGGGAGUAAAUUACUAGAAAUGCAAUUU